UGCGGCGGGCUUCGGGACUGCUCGGGCGCGGGCGCGGACAGUGAGCGCCAGGCUGCCCUGGCGGGACCAGUGUCGCAGCGGGCGGGUCGGAGGGGCGGCGGGACCGAUGGCGGGCUGGUUCGCGAGGACGACGGCGCGGCUGGACAAGAAGGUGCCCGCCAGGCUGCAGCCGGCCUGGAACCACCCCGCGGGACCGAAGACAGUUUUCUUCUGGUGUCCUUUGGUUAAAUGGGGGCUGGUGCUGGCGGGGCUGGGAGACCUGCAGCGGCCGCCAGAGCGCAUCAGCGGCGCGCAGUCGGGCGCGCUGGCGGUGACGGGCGCCAUCUGGGCGCGCUACAGCGUCGUCAUCGUGCCCAAGAACUGGGGGCUGGUCAGCGUGAACGUGUUCGUGUCGCUGUGCGGCCUCUACUCGCUGUCCAGGCUGCUGCGAUACCAAUACUACAGUCAGUUAACCGAGACAUCAACAUAAGAUGGACAGUCAUUGAAAUCAGGAAUGGAAGUCAUUUACAUUUAUCUUUAAGAUAAAUAUGUUAUUUUCAAGAUGUUGAAACUAUAAAUUGUGAGGUUGGUUGUGAAAAGCAGUAAAUGUAUUGUUAGUAUUCUGAAAGUACUUACUACUAUUCUUUAGUGGUAAGGAAAUUAAACAACAGUUUGAAACUUUUGUAAAAAUGAAACAAAAACAAAUAUUCUUUGGAUCUAUGAAAAUUGUGUUUAGAAUUAUGAUAACCUGUUUUUAUGGAACUUGAAUUAAAAUCAAAAUUGGCUAACGUAAUUUACCUUGAAUACAGUUUAUUAUCAGUCUAAUAUUUAAUAUUCCUUUAUUUUAUUUUUUAAAUGACAUCCCGUGUACAUAAUUGAAAUUUAUGGAACUGUAAUGGCAGAAGUAGGUACUAUGUUAAAAGUUAAUAUAAUACAAGAAAACCUGCCAUCACUGCACUGAAUGAAAGAUAUGUGGCUAGUAGAAAUUCAUUUGUACUGAAAUACACCCAGAAACAUUUAUUCGUUGAAACUUGCAUACAUGCUACUUAUUGUUUAAAUACUAACUGGCUGUCACAUACUAAAUUAAAUGUAACAGAAUCCAUUGGUAAAGGACCACAUUUGACCAUUGGUAAAAAGGACGGUGCGAUGGUGAUGGGGCACGCGUUGUUCUAAAUGCUUACAGUCCCAACAUCCCGACACAACUCAAAUUUAUGAGCACUGAGUCGGUGCUCGGUGGAUUGAGCACACUUAAAUGGUGGGUGUCCUUAACCUUAAUUAAGCCUCUGUGCAAAAACUGUGCAACAUAGAACAAGCCUUCACUAUUGUCCAUUCUCUAGUUAAUGUACUAUUUACUCAAAAAUAACACAACAAUAAAUGCACAGUGAUAUCUCAUUACGACGUACCUGAAAAUUCCCAUUUUACCACGUUUUUAUCAGCUCGCUAUGGGAAAUGUGUGUUCGGGUGGAAUUUUGUAAUUAAUUUUUAACAUAACUUCCUUAUGAGUUAUAGACAUAAAAUUUUGAACAUAGGUAACUCAGGAUUGGAUGACAAUGCAAGAAAAUUUAGAGAAAGAGAAAGAAAACGUUAAAACUCAGAAUACAAAUCAAAACGAAAAA